CCUUUGUUGAGGUCACGCGACUUUUGAUAUGUCAUGUGCCAGAACCAAGCUACCACUGGCGAUGGAGACGGAACAAGCUCUCCCCGCUCAUGAACCCAUCGGGACGAGAAUGGUAAAGUUGGGGAAAAAGACAGUUUUUGAAGGUCGGUUCAACACCAUCUUCACUGUUUGUGACUCCGUUGACAGUUGUACAGCACUCUCACAAGCACUGGAACCAACUGUCACGACGCCCUGAAGCCAUUGUCACCUAUACCCAUCGAUUGAAACUGGCCCCAUUGCGGCACCGGCCUCACUGCAUCAUCCGAUCGCUCGGCAUUCGUGGGUCCACCAGAAGUUGAAUGGGCAAACAGGAUAACAAAACCUGUCGUCCCAUGACGUUUCAUUCACUGUCAAACGAGUCUGAAUCUCUCUGUGUGAUUCAGUAAUCAAAAACUCACCCGAUUCUGAGCCAAACGAGGUACAAACCUCCCUCAACGCUUCACACCUCAAGACGCCUGUGCCUCAUACCAACGCUCAAUGUGCACGGGUGAGCUUUAAUUCCUCUUGUCGCAUCAUUUAUCAUAUCAUCAAGAGACAACAUCAAAUUUGCAAUAUAAUCUCAACACAAGCACAAUCGACGAAGCAGAAAGAUCUUCUGCGACAGCUCUCACUGCUCGAAAAAGGCCCACAAAUCUCACCUGCAGCUUUAUUCCGACGACCGACGACUUAUACUGAGGUAGUACCUCUAGUAACUAUCACCGGCUCAAGCUUGACCCUUUUAGGGCUCAAUCUUUCAACGUGGCAACCGAAACUCAAACCCUUAUGCGAAGCAUGGAAAAGAAGAAAAACAAUGAAUUCGCUUCUGCCGCCAGAGACAUGAUCUUCUCUGGCGGCGUCUUCGAAAACCUGGAGAACGACGAUUCUGACGGCGCCAUCGACGACGGAGACGCAGAUGAGGACAUGGUCAAUUCGAAAAGGAACUUCUGUCAAAUGAGAAUCCAGAAGAGAAACUCAGAAGCUGGCCUUCUGAAGAAGGUCAUCCCUUUUCAUUGGGCUCCUAUGCUCUCGCCCCUGACCGAGAAUGAUAUCGACACAUGCGUUACUCUUGAAAAUAUCGCACUUUCAGAAGCGAGGUAUAGAUCAACACGUGAAAAGAUCGAAUAUCGUAUUCGGAAAUCUGGAGUUUGCUACGGUCUGUUCAAUACCGUGAGGCCAAGCGAUGUUAAGAAGAUCUCGCUCACAACCAUGCAACACAGUCGGCCUGUCGAGUCAGGACGAUGUGAUGGAGCCAAACAUGUCAUGUUUGCGCACGUCCUUGCUACACUUGGAACCCACCCAGUCGUAACUGAUGCCGAUAUGGCCAUGCCCGAGAACUGGAGGGACUCGAAAGCAAGCAAAGGCUCACCUCUAGGCCAUCAAUCGUCGGGAAGGACAAUCUGUCUCCAUUCCUUCAUCGUGUGCCCAGAGGUCCAGGGAGUUGGCAUUGGGAAAACAGUGAUGAAGUCAUAUCUCGAGCUUAUGAAUGCAUCCGGAAUGGCUGAUCGAGUUGCCAUAAUUUGCCAACCGUACGCAAUUCAGUUCUACAAGUGCUUCGGUUUCAAAGACCUUGGCCCAAGCACAGAAGCCCUUGCUGAUCAAGGCUGGCAUGCUAUGGUGCUUGAACUUCGUGGUCCUAAGAGAAAGACCAAGGAGGAACCUACACGGAGGAAUAAGGAAGUGGAUUCUCCAACCUCCAAGGCGAAGAAAUCACCGUCAUAGACUUUUACAGGCUUGUUGCUAGCAUUUUCUUGGCAGUUGUUCAACAAGUCUCCUCUCAAGAAGCACAUGUUCCUUCAUCUCACUUCGCAUUACCAAGAUAUCAUCAAAGUAGCCGCAUCACCGAAAAUAAUGAGAUAGCUGGUCUAUAAAAACCGCAUUUGCGCGUCCAAGUUUUUUUUUUUUUUUUUUUUUAAUUUCCAUUCCGUCUAUUUGUGACCCUUUGAUAUCAUAAGCUCAUCCGUUCACCAUUUUCUUUUCUUCCAUGCUGCACUCAGUCACUGGCCUUGUACUUGAGACGGUACUCCUCAGUUCGCUUGAUGUCAUCCUCUGAAGCAAAGCUCUUCAUACCAGCAAUGAUAUCAUCGAGGGUCAGGAUAGCGAAGAUGGGAAUGCCAUACUCCUUUCGCAACUCGCCAAUAGCACUGGGACCAGGCUUGGACUCAUCGCCAUCGGUAGCAGGGAGCUUCUCCAUGCGGUCGAGGGCAACGACAAUACCGACAACGAUACCGCCCUCCUUUCGGAUCUUGUCGAUGGCCUCACGCUUGGCAGUUCCAGCAGUGAUGACAUCGUCAACAAUGAGGAUCUUCUUUCCCUUCAGAGGCGCACCGACAAUGUUGCCACCCUCACCGUGAUCCUUGGCUUCCUUGCGAUCGAAAGAGUAAGAAACACGGUCGAGGUUCUCAGGGGCGAUCUCGCCGAGCUUGACAGCGAUGGAGGAAGCAAGAGGAAUGCCCUUGUAAGCGGGACCAAAGAUGAUGUCGAAGUCAAGGCCGGUCUCUUGCUGAGCCUCAGAGAUGGACUUGGCGAAAGCAGUAGCAAUGGCACCGGCGAGACGGGCAGUGUGGAAGAGGCCGGCGUUGAAGAAGUAAGGUGAGAUGCGCUUUGAUUUGAGCUCGAAGCUGCCAAACUUGAGGAUCUCGCCAGCGAUGGCAGCCUGCAAGAAUUCUUGCUUGUAGGGGGCGAGUUGAGAAGACAUGAUUAGGUAUUUAUGUGGUUAUAUAUGAAUUGGUACGAGGUCAAGAUUGGGAGUGAAUGUUUCUAAAGCAAAGUUUGCGAUCCCCUCUUGCAGGUCUCUCUCUCAGUGGUGUUGAGCCCGGAGCCGGCCUUGGACCCUUCGAUGUAUGGCGGCGGGGUUGAGGUGGGGGAGAUGUAGAUAAAGAAGUACCACAAAAAAAGUCUCGGUUAGCAGAGAGAGAAUGGGAGCGAUUUAACCAGCACAUGAUUUUAUGUUAUAUAUAAUGCAAUUAUCUUUAAUAAACACUCACCUGAGGAAUCUACUAUAUCCUUUCAGGCCAUCAUCACUACUCUAGAGCUGAGACUGCC